AAUUGCAUUUAUUACCUUACAAUGUUUAGCAAUAAUAUAUCCGACUAUAAAUUAAACUCCACAAUUAAAGCCGGAACAUUUGGAACAGUAUACAAGGCCAAUUAUCUGAAUUCAAACAAAUGUGUAGUUAUCAAGCAAAUUUCAGUGGAACAACAAGCGGAUAAAGUGACGAGGAUAUGUGAAGAUGUUUUAAAAUGUCGACAGUUUCAACAUACAAAUAUAAAUAGCCUGCUGCACUGUUUUGUUGACAAGAAUUAUGUGUACAUGGUGUUUCCAUUUAUUUGUUUUGGAAACUGCCAAACACUACUUGAAAAUGUGUUCACUUCUGGAUUUCCGGAGAUUUUAAUAGCACUGAUAUUCAAAGAUAUUAUGUCUGCUUUGGUGUACAUACACUCUCACCACUUCGUUCAUGGAUCUUUGAGGGCUAAAAGUAUACUGUUAGAUCGCAAUAAAGCAAUUUUAUCAAAUUUUCGGGACUCUCGGUCUUUUAUUAACCAAGGCAAAAGAGAUAAAGUUUUAUAUGGAUCAACAGUCGGAAAGGCAGAAAAUUUGAACUGGACAGCUCCAGAGAUAUUAUAUCAAAAUUUAUAUGGAUACACAGAAAAGAGUGACCUGUAUUCGAUUGGAAUCACGUCUUAUGAAAUGGCAAAUGGUUUUCAACCAUUUUUGGAUUCAGAACUAACUUUCAUGUGCACAGAAAAAAUUCGUGGAAAUCUGCCUUCGUUGUCAGAUAAAUCCAGUCAAGGAUUAAGUUCAGUUCAUUACUCCCGAGACGCAGUCCCUGGUGCCACGAACAACCAGAGAACCUUUUCAGAUGACUUUCACCAGUACAUGGAAAUUUGCCUAAAUAAAAAUCCUACGUGUCGCUGGAGUGCACAGAAAUUGAUGACACAUUCUUUUUUUAAGCAAUGUCGGAAUUCCAGUAUCUCAGAUCAGCUCAAAGGGCUGAAUUUUGAUCUUCAAAGCUGUACUUAUAUUAAAGAUGAGCCUUUGCGUGCAGCUUCUGCCAGUGUGAAACAUUUGGAAGAUAUCAAAUGGUGUUUUUAAUUUAUGUAAACGCAGUACAUUAAAAUGGUUGAAUAGUUACUAAGUUACUGAUACUAAUAUGAGUUGAUUUCUUCUAAAUAAUAUGCUCUGUUGCUAUCUCGCCGACUUCAUAUGAACUGUAAUAUAUGUACUUCAAUAAAUUCGCUAAACAAUUUAUAUUUAAACAA